AUGUCACCGCAAAAUCAAUCAACAACCGGGCAAAAAGCCCAUCGACGUAACAUGAGUUUGACAUUCGGUAAUAAUAGUUCUUCAGAAAAUCUCAUUGCCUCGCCAAAUAACACAAGGGUUGAUAAUACAACAUAUCUUACACCGAUUGAUACAUUAACGUCGGGAAAAAAAUCUCAUUUAAAUAAUAUAUUAAAAGACAAGAUUUCACCCUUAACUCCACCUUCAACUCCAUCAAAACAUAAACCUUAUAAUCCUUUUACUCUUAAAAAAAAAGUUGAUGGUAAUUCACCUCAAUCGACUAUCGUUGAUGUAAAAAAAGUGUUUUUUUUGCUCAUUUUUAGUGGCGCACUUGUUGUGUUCUUUGGUGCUUUAACCGGUAUAGGAAUUCCAUUUGAAGGGGAUAUCGUUAGUAUCGACUCUGACAAUUCAGAUCAUGUACAAGUAAUUAUUGAUAAAAAUACUGAUGAAUUCUCAGAAAAUUUUGAGACGCAAAAAGAAAAGGCUGACGAUCUUACCAGAGAUACUAUCGAUGAUGAUGAUAUAAAUGAUGGACUUGCCAAUGCUAUUGCUCAAGAUCUUGUGAAAGAACCCGAAUUAGAAACUGAUCAAGAAAAUUUUGAUCAAAAUCCAGUACUUCAACCCGAACCAGUUAAAAUUAAUGAAAAUGUCUAUGAACAAGAAAAAGAGGAAAAUGUCGUAAAAGACAUGGAAGACAAUUCCGACAAAAUUCCCUCAAAUAAUGAUAGCGAUACUCCAGAAAGUGAAGACAAAAUUGAACAACAUAUUGACGAAAUUACUGUUAUCCCCAAUAAACUUCAAAAUAAGAAAAAUAGGUAUUCAGAGAAUCAAAAUAAUGAAAACGAUGAUUAUUCUAAUCACGCAUAUAUAAGACAUGAAGCUCAUUUCACCUAUGACGACGUUGUUGAGUCCCUUACGGAAGAAGAACGAGCGGAUAUUCUUUUAACUAAAUCUUUAGAAAUUAAUACGGACGAAAGCUUGGAUUCGUCUUGCGGUUCAUGGCAAGACAAUUAUUCAAGGUUACAUGAAAAUAUCUUGUCAAGAAAUGCAUCUCAACGAUAUGUUAGCUACAUUUGUGAUGACAAAAUUAAAUGCGGAGGGUUGGCUAACCGCAUUCUUGGAAUGACAUCUGCAUUUAUAUUUGCAUUACUUACGAACCGAGCAUUUCUUGCGGAUUGGCAAACUCGGCUCCCACUUGAAGAUAUUUUCAAUUCACCAAAUAUUGAUUGGAGUUAUGAUUCAUUAAAUCUACCUUCUGAUAUUCGAGAACUUGAAACGAGCGAACUUAACAUCAUAGAUUUUGAUGCUAGAACUUUAGAUGAAAAGUUUAUGCUUUCCAAUUGGACAACAAAAUAUCCAAGUUCUUUUAUAAAGUUUUAUUCCAAUCGUGGAAUGGUCAUAAGAUCUUUUGAUUCAAAAUUUUAUUCAACAAUAUUAAAAGAUAUGGGAUUAAGACCACACACGGCAUUUGGAUGUAUUCUUGAUUAUUUAUUUCGUCCAGUUCCAAGUGCAUAUUCAUUUAUCACACAAUAUACAUCAUUAUUCGCGCUUUCAAGUAUAUUUACCGUCGGAAUACAGAUCAAAUCUCAGAAUGGUUUAACAUCUUUACAAGAUUACAAAUAUUAUUUUGAUUGUGCGGACCAACUUACACAAACUUAUGCAGCGCCACAUCAAAAAGUGAUUUAUUAUGUUGUAACAGAUUCGGUAAAAUUAAGAGAAGAGGCAGUAGAAGAAUUAGAACAUGUAGUGGUUUCUGGAUUGCCUAUUGAUUCAAACUUUGACAAUCUUGAUAAUCUUGAUAGUGCAAAUAAUGCUCUUAUUGAAAAUUGGAUUUUUAGCAAAACGGAUUAUAGAGUAAUUUCACCAGGAGAUUAUGGUAAAUUGGCGGCUUUCCAUUCAAAGCAAUUACAUACCACGGUUUUCAUGGAAGAUUCUCAUAAUGUUCCAGAUUGUACGAGAGAAUAA